AUGAUGGAUGGAAAUGAUAUAGCCUCUGAACCUAGUAGAAAAGGCUUUAUAUCACAAGGAUGGACCAGAAUAUCUCAAAUAUAUCAAGGUCUUUUAGAUAAAUGGACACCACAUACAAAAAGCAGAUGGGUUGCUUCUGCACUACUAUUAGCCACAUUUGUUCUUCGAAUAUUUUUAAAACAAGGAUGGUAUAUAGUCACAUAUGCCUUAGGUAUUUACCACUUAAACCUUUUUAUUGCAUUCCUAACACCAAAAAUUGACCCCGCAAUGGAUUUUGACGGAGACGAUGAUAAUGGUCCAGCACUCCCAACAAGAUCUACAGAGGAAUUCCGACCAUUUAUUCGAAGAUUGCCUGAAUUUAAGUUUUGGCUCUCGGUUACUAAGAGCACAAUAAUAGCCUUUUUCUGCACCUUUAUAGAUGCUUUCAAUAUCCCAGUAUUCUGGCCUAUACUAGUAAUGUACUUUAUCACACUGUUUUGUAUCACCAUGAAGAGACAAAUAAAGCAUAUGAUUAAAUACAGAUAUUUGCCGUUCACUCACAGCAAACCCAAGUACCGAACUGUGGAUCCAGCUGUAUCUAUGAAC